AUGAGAAAACAUCUUCUAUCUGAACCAAACUUUAUUACAUCUCCAAUUACUGAAAGAGCAGAAUAUAAGAGAUAGAGUCCAUACUUUUACAAUAAUUACAUUUCCAAUAGACAUGUUGAUUGUUAAGGAGAAGUAUAUGAUAAAAGAGAUUUGAGUAAUGCAAGUAAGGAUAAGCAAUUAUUGAAACCAGAAACAGUUAGAUAGAAUAAUAGAUUGAAAUCAAAGCCAGCAGUAACUAGAUUGAUGAAAAAAUAAAUAAUAACUAAUUUUAUAGAGAAUAAGAAACUAUUUUAUAGUGUAACACCUAUGUAGCCAAUUUAUGAUUAAUUUAAAUAACGAUAUGAAUAAAGAGAAAGAGAUAGAAAAUUUUAGAAUAAACAUUUUGAUAAGACUUAUAAACAUCAUUUGAGUAGAGCCAUUUAAUAUACAAUAUAAUAAGUAUUAAACUUUCUAUCAAUGGAUGAUGUCUUUAAAGUUAGAUUAGAUAGAUAAGAUUAUGAUAGAUAUUUAAAGAGAUAACCAAAAUUAUUGUAAAAUAGUGUAAGUACUUAAGAUUUGUUAAUCUUAUAAUAAAAUUAAAUGGAAAAUGAAUUGACUUCAAAUAGAAAAAUUUAAUUAAUCAAAAAUGUUUUUAGUGAUCCUCAUUUUGAUGCAAAAGAUAGAGAAGUCUUAUAUUAAGUUCUUAGAUUUUAAAUAUAUUAAGCUUAAAAACAAGUUGCAAAAUUAGAAAAAGCAAGUAUGGGUAUUAAAGGUUUGAAUAGAUUUCAAAAUAAAAAAGAAGGUCAUUUAGAAUAAUUGGCAAUCAUAAUUGAUUUUUUGUAAAAUAAUUAUGAAAAAUUAGUUAAGUUACUUUGA